AUGGUGGCGGUGUCCGAGAUCCAUGUACAACCGUUUGAGGGACAAAAGCCCGGCACGAGUGGCCUACGGAAGAAGGUCAAAGAGUGGCAGCAAGAGCACUACACGGAAAACUUCAUCCAAGCUGUCAUUGAUGGUGGACUUUGUGACAAAAAGCGUGGCGCUACUCUUGUCGUUGGUGGAGACGGUCGAUUCCUUUGUGUAGAAGCCGUGAAUGCCAUCAUCAAGAUUGCAGCGGCAAAUGGAAUUGGACAUCUUAUCGUCGGUCAGAAUGGCUUCUUUUCUACCCCGGCUAUAUCAGCCGUCAUCCGGGCCGGCCAUCAGGGAAAACAGAUUGAUGGUGGCAUAAUUCUGACGGCCUCGCAUAAUCCCGGUGGCCCAAAGGGAGAUUUCGGCAUAAAGUUCAACUGCGAGAAUGGCGGUCCAGCUCCCGAUGCUGUUACCAACCGUAUCUACGACAUCACGACGAAAUUGACGUCAUAUCGCACUUGUGCGGACCUUCAAUGUGAUGUUUCUAAAGUUGAUGGCUUUGGCACUUUCUUGGUUGAUGUUGUCGACCCAUGCUCUGAAUAUAUUCGGCUCAUGCGCAGCAUUUUCGAUUUUGACAAGAUUCGCUCAUUGCUGAAAGGGGACGUGUUUGGCCGCCCGUUCAAAGUCCUGGUCGAUUCGAUGCAUGGUGCUACAGGACCCUACAUCAGCACCAUUCUGGCAGAUAUACUCGGAGCUGAUGCCGCCGGCCUUUUGAGAACCACGCCGAAGGAGGACUUUGGGGGCUGCCAUCCAGAUCCGAACCUUACAUAUGCCGCCAGCUUGGUCGCCGAACUCAAGAAAGGAGAGCACGACAUUGGCGCGGCGUUUGACGGAGACGGGGACCGUAACAUGAUCCUCGGCAAGAAUGCUUUCUUUGUGACUCCAUCGGAUUCAUUGGCCGUGAUUGCCGACAAUAUCGACUGCAUUCCUUAUUUCAAGACACGUAAAGUAACAGGCUUUGCACGCUCAAUGCCAACUGCGGCCGCUGUCGAUCUAGUCGCUAAAGCCAAAGGACUGGAAGUCUUCGAGACCCCGACCGGAUGGAAGUACUUUGGCAAUUUGAUGGACGCCGGCCGCAUGGUCCUGUGUGGAGAAGAGAGUUUUGGCACCGGCUCUGACCACAUUCGGGAAAAGGACGGCGUCUGGGCGUUUUUGGCGUGGUUGCAGAUCAUUGCAUUGAGGGAGAAGUCGGUGGAAGCGCUUGUCACGGAUCACUGGGCGAAAUAUGGCCGGAAUGUGUUUACACGUUACGAUUACGAAAACGUCGAUGCCGGAGGCGCUAACCUGUUGAUGACCUUCUUGGAGGCUCAAAUGGGGGCGUUCGUCGGAAGAGAGAUGUCCGCGAACGGCAUUUCCUACAAGGUUGCGAUUGCCGACAAUUUUGAAUACAAAGACCCAGUCGAUGGCAGCUUGACCACGAAGCAGGGACUUCGGAUCAUCUUCACUGAUGGCUCGCGUUUCAUCUUGCGUCUGUCCGGAACCGGUUCCGCUGGGGCUACAAUUCGGUUGUACGUCGACUCCUAUGUGUCGGCAUCCGACUCGGCCCGUCUCAAUCUGCCUGCCCAGGACCUCUUGCGACCGCUCGUACUGAUCGCACUGGAAACGUCGAACAUGGAAAAGUUCACUGGUCGCAAUGCCCCCACCGUCAUUACC